CAAGAAAGAGAUCGGUAUCCUCAUCUCAAUCAAACCCUACUUCCUUCUCUCUAAGUCCCUCCAAUGUCUUCCUUCAAAUCCCCACUUUCAUUGGCUUCAUCAGUUGAUGGCAGCAGCAGCGAUCGGAUGGGUCUGUCUCACCACCCUUCCGGUGAGAUUCACGUCAUUGUUGGGCCAAUGUUCGCUGGAAAAACAACAGCUCUCCUUCGUCGAGUCGAAUCUGAGGGCAACAAUGGCAGAAAUGUUGCAAUAAUAAAGUCAAGCAAGGAUACGAGAUAUGCGGUUGACUCGGUGGUGACACAUGAUGGGACAAAGUUUCCCUGUUGGGCGUUGCCGGAUCUGUUGUCAUUUAGGCAAAAAUUUGGAGAUGAGGCUUAUGCCAAGCUGGAUGUGGAUUGGCAUUGAUGAAGCUCAAUUUUUUGGUGACCUUUAUGAUUUUUGCUGCAAGGUUGCUGACCAUGAUGGGAAAACUGUAAUAGUUGCUGGGCUAGAUCGGGACUACUUGAGUGGGAGUAUUUAGGUGCUUCUUCGUGGACUGCAUCACCAGAGUUCUGGAUAAUUUCAU